UCACAUGGAGGCCACAACCACAGCCACCACCAUGGCCAGGGCCACGUUCAUGAGCACAAGCGCUCGCACCACCAUGCCCACCCGCACACGGCGCGGCCCGAGGGCUUCCUGGAGGAAAACGACCCAGUGCUCAAGGGACUCGUGGCACUCGGAGGCAUUUAUGUGCUCUUCAUCAUUGAGCACUGUAUAAGGAUGUACAAGCAUUACAACAAGCAAAAGAGUAAGCAGAAAUGGUGCAAAAAGCCCCAGCCUGAAGACUCACCCAUUGGAAGGAAACUUUCUGAUCACAAGUUAAAUAACAGGCCAGAUGCUGACUGGCUGCAGCUGAAACCCCUCGCAGGAGCAGAUGACUCAGUGUUAUCUGAAGAUCGACUGAAUGAAACUGAACUGACUGACUUAGAUGGGCAGCUGGAAUCCCCUCCCAAAAACUUCUUGUCUGUAGAAGAGGACAACAACCUGCACCACUCUCACAACGAUGUCUCCCAUGCUGCACAAGAGCACGAUCUGCACGACUCAGAGUAUGACAGCCACGGCGAAGAUAAAAUGAUAGCUAGAAAGCACAGUCACCACUGGCAUCACAAACAUUCCCAUCAUUCCCAUGGCCACUGCCAUUCUGGAAAAGACCUGAAAGAUACUGGGAUAGCUAACAUUGCUUGGAUGGUAAUUAUGGGAGAUGGCAUUCACAACUUUAGUGAUGGCUUAGCAAUCG